AUGGAGCCGCGGUGCCCGGCCUGGCUGCGGCGCUGUCCCCGGCCGUGCCGCCUCCUGCUGCUCUCGCUGUGCUCCGGCCCCGCGGGGGCCGUGGCCGCGCUGCGGGCGCUGCAGCGGGGCGGGCCCCGGCACGGAGCGGGGCUGCCCUUCCCCUGGCCGGCUCUCACCGCGGCCCUGUGCGCCGAGGAGCCCUCGCUGGAGGGGCCGGAGGACACCCUGGCCGUCAAGCCACGGCUGCUGCUGCUGCCUGUUCUGUGCCAGAGGAACCUCUUCUCCCUGCUGCUGGUGGUGCGGGAUGCAGUGCCACGGGACUGCCUUCACCAGCUGCUCCAGGCCUUGGAGCGGGAUUCCCGUGUGGAUCCCUGGGUGCAGGCACUGGGGAAACUGCUCCAGCAGGGACCAAGUGCACAGGAGAGCUCCCCACAUCCCACUGCCCUGUCUGCUGGGUGCCAGCAGCAGCUCAAGGGCCUGUGCCAGAAAAUUGCCCAGAAGAAACCAGAGAGACAAGGAAAAUUGAGCUGGUGCUUCAGCAAGCAGGCUGGUGCCCCUGACUCUGUGCCUCAAGGUGGGGAGCGUAUGGAAGUGUCAGAGGAGAGCCUGGAGGUGGACAGUGAGAGAGAGGGGAAGAGGUUGCUGGAGGAGGUGGCAUUUCAGCCCCAGGAGUGUGGAGAUGUGGCAGAGGUGGAAGAGGAGGUGCCUGAGGAGCCUUCAGGGGAUGCAUCUGUUCAGGGCACAGAGAAAGCUGCUCAGGACAGCUCCCAGCAGGAUGCAGCUGGGGAGCCCAGGAGGAUUUCCCAGACAGAGCUGGCAGCAGAGGUCCAGUCCUUUGUCCAGGUGCACGGACAGGGGCUGAAGAUGCUGCUGCUGCAGGAGUCCAGUGACAGUGUUUCUCUCCAGCACUCUGAGCUGCACCCCCCUUCCAAGCUGAGCAUCCUGAACACCUGCACCCCCAGCCAGCUCGAGGGGCUGUGCUCCUUCCUGCAGCUCUCCACGUGCCCUGAGCCCUCCCUGGUGCGUUUCUGCAGCUGGCUGCUGCCUCUGAGCCCUGCCCUCAGCCACACCAGCGCGGCCAUCCUGGCCCAGCAGCUCUUCCUCAGGCGGGUGCUGGCCCUCACCCAGCCGCCCUCCCGACACCUCAUGGCUGCCCUGACGUCGUUCUGCUCCAAGUAUUCCCAUGCCCUGUGCCGAGUGCUGGUGGCUGCAGUGCUGCAGGGGCCAGGGGAAGGCGCUGAGCAGACCAAGCUGCUGUGUGAGCUGGUGGAGGAGUGCCUGGAGGCCCACUCUGUGCAGCUGGUGCUGAGCCAAGUCCUGGAGGUGCCUUUGUCAGAGAAGCUCCUGCCAGUCCUGCAGGCCGUGCUGGGGCGGCAGGAGGUGCUGCCCCCUGAGCUCCUGGAUCUGCUGGUCCUGACUCUGUGCCAGCAGGCUCCAGCCUUUGCCACGUCCCUGAACUUCGCCAGGCUGGUGACAGCCGUGCUCACGGCGUACCAGAGCCAGGUGAGCCCAGCUCACAGGAGCAGCCUGGCUGCUGUCCUGGACCGGAGCACUGUAGUGCUGAAGAAAUCCCUGCAGGCUGUGUUGGAAGGGGCCAGGUGA